AAAUCUCACACAUGGUACUCCAUAUAUACCAUCAAAAGCCUCCAUGAAAAUGAAGCUAUAUACCUUUAUCAUCGUCUCCCUCACUUUGUUGCUGGGUAUCUCCGCAGAACAAUGCGGUAGACAAGCCGGUGGAGCUACCUGUCCGAAUGGGCUAUGUUGUAGCGAAUAUGGGUGGUGUGGCAGCACAGCCGAGUACUGCACUAAAAACUGCCAAAGCCAAUGUAGUUCAGGCGGUGGCUCAACCCCUUCUCCGACCCCAAGUGGUGGCGGCGGUGAUGUGGCUGGCCUCGUUAGCUCCUCUCUUUUCGAUCAAAUGCUCAAGUAUCGCAACGAUGCACGGUGCAAGGGCAACGGUUUCUACAAGUACGAUGCUUUCAUUGCUGCUGCUCGAUCAUUCCCUGGGUUUGGCACCACUGGAGAUGAUGCAACGCGCAAGAAGGAGCUCGCUGCUUUCUUAGCUCAAACCUCUCAUGAGACCACUGGUGGAUGGCCAAGUGCACCCGAUGGUCCUUAUGCAUGGGGUUAUUGCUUUGUCAAUCAAAACGACCAGGAUGUGCAUUGUACAAACCCAGAAUAUCCAUGUGCUCCUGGCAAGAAAUACUAUGGUCGAGGACCCAUUCAACUCACCCACAAUUACAACUAUGAUCAAGCGGGUAAAGCAAUCGGAGCGGAUCUAAUAAACAAUCCAGACUUAGUGGCCACAGACCCGGUUGUAUCAUUCAAGACAGCAAUAUGGUUUUGGAUGACUCCACAAUCAAACAAACCAUCAAGCCACGACGUCAUUACCGGCAGUUGGAACCCAUCUGAUGCAGAUAGAUCCGCGGGUCGGGUCCCUGGAUAUGGUGUGAUUACAAACAUCAUCAAUGGUGGAGUUGAAUGUGGGCAUGGUCAAGAUGAUAAGGUGGCGGAUAGGAUCGGGUUCUAUACGAGGUACACGGGCAUAUUGGGAGUGAGCCCUGGAGACAACUUGGAUUGCUAUAACCAAAGGCCCUUUGCCUAAACUGGGUGGUCAUAAAGAUCGUAGUAUUUCUACCAAAUAUUUUGUUUGAUAACUUAUAAUAAAGACGCAAUACAAUUUCAUGUAAUAAGAAAUUGAGUGGUUUGCUUAAUAAAAUACACUGUGAACUCAAAAUUUGCUUAAACUCAAA